AUGGCUAAAUCAAGCGCUGAUGACGCUGAGCUCCGCCGAGCUUGCCAGGCUGCAAUUGAGGGCACUAAGCAUAAGGUCGUUCUCUCCAUCCGAACUGUGAAGACUCACGGCACCUGGGGAAAAUCUGCCAAGCUUGGACGUCAAAUGGCUAAGCCUAGGGUUCUCGCUCUCUGCACAAAAGCAAAAGUUCAGCGGACAAAAGCUUUUCUUCGAGUUUUAAAGUAUUCAUCGGGAGGAGUUCUUGAGCCUGCUAAGAUAUACAAGCUGAAGCACAUCUCGAAAGUGGAAGUUGUUUCAAAUGAUCCCAGUGGAUGUACAUUUACGCUGGGAUUUGAUAACCUUAGAAGCCAGAGUGUGGCUCCUCCACAGUGGACUAUGCGCAAUACUGACGACAGGAAUCGCCUCCUGCUUACUAUCUUAAAUAUCUGCAAAGAUGUCCUGGGUCGCCUUCCUAAGAUUGUUGGUAUUGAUGUUGUGGAGAUGGCACUUUGGGCUAAGGAAAAUAAACCUGCAGUUUCCACUCAAAGUAACCAACAAGAUGGUGCUUCUGUUGAAUCUGCCGUGACUGAUGCAGAAUUGAAAGUCAAUGUUGAGAAGGAACUUGUCAGCCAGGAAGAGGAAGAGGACAUGAAGGCUCUUUUGGGAAAUUAUAUCAUGGGUAUUGGAGAAGCAGAGGCAUUUUCUGAAAGGUUAAAAAGAGAGCUCCAGGCUCUAGAAGCAGCAAAUGUGCACGCCAUUUUAGAAAGUGAACCUUUGAUAGAUGAGGUGUUGCAAGGGCUUGAAGCAGCAACUAUUUGUGUCGAAGACAUGGAUGAGUGGUUAGGCAUGUUCAAUGUAAAACUCCGACACAUGAGGGAAGAUAUUGAAUCAAUUGAAACCCGCAACAACAAGUUGGAAAUGCAAUCAGUAAAUAACAAAUCUCUCAUUGAAGAGCUUGAUAAGCUUCUUAAGCAAUUGAGUAUCCCGGAUGAGUACUCCGCGUGCUUGACAGGAGAUUCAUUUGAGGAUGCGCCGGUGCUUCAAAAUAUAGAAGCGUGUGAGUGGUUGACAACUGCAAUGCGUGGUCUAGAAGUGCCUCACAUAGAUCCUACUUAUGCAAAGAUGAGAGCAGUUAAAGAGAAGCGAGGAGAACUUCAAAUAAUAAAGUCUACUUUUGUUGGGAGAGCUUCUGAAUACGUGAGAAGUUACUUUGCUACUUUUGUGGACUUCAUGUUAAAUGACAAAAAUUACUUUUCUCAGCGUGGACAGUUGAAAAGGCCAGAUCAUGCUGACUUACGGUACAAGUGCAGGACAUAUGCCCGCCUUCUGCAGCAUUUAAAGAUUCUUGAUAAGAAUUGCUUGGGCCCACUGAGAAAAUCUUAUUGCAGUUCUCUAAAUCUGCUUCUUCGCAGGGAGGCCCGCGAGUUUGCCAAUGAACUUCGUGCUAGUACUAAAACUUCUAAAUCUACAACUGUUUGGCUUGAAAGUUUCACAGGUUCUGGUCAAAAUGUAAAUUCUACGGACACUUCUACAGUUACUGAUGCAUAUGCCAAAAUGCUCACAAUUUUUAUUCCACUUCUGGUGGAUGAGAGCACUUUUCUUGCACACUUCUUGUGCUUCGAAGUACCUACACUUGUUGAUGGUAAUAAAAAUGGACACAAUGACGAUGCUAAUGAUGAUUUGGGAAUUAUGGACAUUGAUGAGAAUGACAGUAAAUCCAGUAAAAAUCCUGCGGAUGUUGCAGCUUUAAAUGAAUCACUUCAGGAUUUGCUUGAUGGGAUUCAAGAAGACUUCUAUGCUGUUGUGGAUUGGGCAUAUAAGAUUGAUCCCUUAUGCUGCAUAUCAAUGCAUGGAACUACAGAACGCUAUCUCUCUGGUCAGAAAGCUGAUGCAGCAGGAUUUGUACACCUUUUGCUCGAUGACCUGGAGUCUCGAAUAUCUAUACAGUUCAGCCGUUUUGUUGAUGAAGCUUGCCAUCAGAUUGAAAGAAAUGAGCGCAAUGUUCGCCAAACGGGUGUCCUACCGUACAUUCCCAGAUUUGCCUCCCUUGCAACCCGGAUGGAGCAGUAUGUUGCGGGACAGUCGAGGGAUUUGGUUGACCAAGCAUACACAAAACUUGUUAGCAUAAUGUUUGUAACUUUGGAAAAAAUUGCACAGAUAGAUCCAAAGUAUGCAGAUAUUUUUCUUAUAGAGAACUAUGCUGCUUUUCAGAAUAGUUUGUAUGAACUUGCCAAUGUUGUGCCCACUUUAGCCAAGUUUUAUCAUCAGGCUAGUGAAGCCUAUGAGCAAGCUUGCACACGCCAUAUUAGUAUGAUUAUCUACUAUCAAUUUGAACGCCUUUUUCAGUUUGCUCGAAGGAUUGAGGACUUAAUACUCAAUAAUGUUGCCCCUGAAGAGAUACCUUUCCAGCUUGGGCUGUCCAAAGUGGAUCUUCGGAAGACCCUAAAAUCCAGCUUAUCCGGGGUGGACAAGUCCAUUGCAGCAAUGUAUAAGAAAUUGCAGAAGAACUUGACUUCGGAGGAACUGCUACCCUCCUUGUGGGAUAAAUGCAAGAAGGAUUUUCUCGAUAAGUACGACAGUUUUGUCCAACUUGUCGCCAAGAUUUACCCAGCUGAGUCAGUCCCAUCUGUUGCAGAGUUGCGAGACCUUUUAGCUACCAUGUAAAGAUUUGUGUACCUGGACUUUCUUUCCAUUUCUCUUUUUAACUAGAUACUUUCUUUCCAUCUAUUU